AUCCGCAUUGAUAGUGCUGUGUGUUCCGGAAUCGAUUGCCACUAAACACUGCGGCACCGGACCGACCAAGUGUGCUUGUGGGUGUGCGUGGGUGUGCACUUUUUCUUGCCCAGUCUGACAGUGCAACUUGCGAGUCACACAGAUCGAUAAAAAAGGAACGGACCGGCCGGAUCGGCUGCAGGCAGCUGGCAGGACACUCUCAGAGUCCACGGCAAUUUUCAACCCGUCAUCUCCCGGGGCCAGGAUGACAUCAUUCUUCAACGUCGGUGCCCUCGGCGGCAAUCCGUUCUCGACGCCCGUCGGUCAAAAAAUUGAACAAGCGACGGACGCCAGUCUGGCUUCGGAAAACUGGGCACUGAACAUGGAAAUCUGUGAUAUGAUCAACGAGUCCUCGGACGGGGCGCGGGAUGCGAUGAAGGCGAUACGCAAGCGGCUGGCACAGAACGCCGGCAAGAACUACACCGUCAUCAUGUACACGCUGACGGUGCUGGAGACGUGCGUCAAAAACUGCGCCAAAGCGUUCCACGUGCUGGUGGCGAACAAAGAGUUCAUUCAGGAGCUGGUCAAACUGAUCGGCCCCAAGAACGAUCCACCGCCGAUCGUCCAGGAGAAGGUGCUCAGCCUCAUACAGAUCUGGGCCGAUGCGUUCCGCUCGCAGCCGGACCUGAACGGGGUGGUGCAGGUGUACCAGGAGCUGAAGAACAAGGGCAUCGAGUUCCCGCAAACCGAUCUCGAUGCGAUCGCACCGAUCUAUACACCGCAAAGGAGUGUCCCCGACGGAGCUCCGGCACCGGAGCCUGUGAACAAUCUGCCCGUUUCGCCACACCACCAUCCAUCACAAACACCCGGAUCGCCAGCGAUGCCACCACCGUCGUCACUGUCGCAGGAUCAGAUCGCAAAGCUGCAAUCGGAGCUGGACAUCGUGGCCAUGAACAUGUCGAUCUUGGGCGAAAUGCUAACCGAGCUAAAGCCGGGCCAGGAGGAUCCGGCCGACUACAAGCUGCUGGUGGAUCUUACGUCAACCUGUCGGGAAAUGCAAAGCCGUAUCGUCGAUCUGAUCGGGAAGGUACAACACGACGAGCUGACGGCGGAGUUGUUGCGAUUGAACGACGAGCUGAACAAUCUGUUUCUGCGGCACGCACGGUACGAGAAGAACCGUGAUCCAAAGAGCGCUGCGAGUGCCACACCGUCGGCCAUACUGGGUGCCGCGCUUGGUGCUGUACCGCCCGGUGGCAGUGAAAAGCGCGACUCAUCGCUGAUCGAUCUGAUGGGUGACGAUGCGCUCGGGGCCAGCGGUGGUCAGCCGAAUGCCGCGGACAUUAUCAGCUCGCAGCUGGCCGGACUUAGUAUGGCCGCCGGCGGGGCGACGGCUUCGUCACAGUUGGCGCAACUGACCAGCGUAUCGGCGCAGUCCGGAUCGAUCACUACACCAAAGUCCAGCAGCAACUCACGCACCACCACCAUUCCGCCGGAUGUCGUAUCGGAUGAGUUCGAUAUGUUUGCCCAAUCGAGAAACACAACCGGAGAAAAAGAUGCGCCCAAGCUGGAUCUAGUCGGGGCCACGGCAGGGAGCAGCACCUUGGCCACCAGGGAGCAGGCGGAGUUUGAUGAGAUGGAACAGUGGCUAGGAAAUCCGGACGAAAUCGAUAGCCUCGAGGCACACAUGGCAGCGGCAGCGGGCGCAACCGGUGGCAUGGGCACCGGGGCGGAAGAAAGUCUAACGAGUAAAGAGUUUGAAAAGUUCCUGGCGGAACGGGCAGCCGUGGCCGACAAUCUACCGACGAUCAGUGGCGGCCCGGCAGGUAGUACGGGAGGCACCAGCAGUCCGGCGACGGCCGCGAAGGAUCGUAAAAAGAAGCCCGACGAAAGUGAUGUAGUACACAACAUAGUAGCCAUGGCACUGUCGCUAUGCAGAAUCCACGUCCUCAACACAACAGCCACCCGGCUAAGGGGGAGAAUUUUGGCCCGUGAAAUAUCGAAGGUGCUGGCAUGCAGAUACUCGACGCAACAGCGGACCAAAAUUUACGGCAGCGCGGACGAAGCGAUCGCCGACAUUCCGGAUGGUGCCAAGCUGCUUGUCGGUGGGUUCGGAUUGUGUGGCAUCCCGGAGAAUCUGAUCGCCGCACUCGUGAAGAAGCGCACGAAAGAUCUCACCGUCGUGUCCAACAAUGCCGGUGUCGACACAUUCGGACUCGGACUGCUGCUGAAAGAGAGGCUAAUCAAGCGUAUGAUCGCUUCGUACGUCGGUGAGAAUGCUGAAUUCGAGAGACAGUAUCUUUCGGGCGAGCUCGAGCUGGAACUGACGCCCCAAGGAACGCUGGCCGAGCGCAUUCGGGCCGGUGGGGCCGGCAUCCCGGCCUUCUUCACUCCUACCGCCUACGGAACGCUCGUGCACGAGGGUGGUUCUCCGAUCAAGUACGGCGCCGGUGGUGGUACGGUAGAGAUCGCGAGUGAACCGCGUCAGAUGCAACUGUUCAACGGGAAGCCGUACAUCAUGGAGGAAGCGAUCACCGGUGAUUAUGCGCUCAUUAAGGCUCACGUUGCCGAUGAGGCAGGCAAUCUGAUGUUCAACAAAUCGGCCCGCAACUUCAAUCCGCCAAUGUGCAAGGCGGCGAAGGUGACGAUCGUCGAGGUGGAAGAAAUCGUUCCGGUCGGUCAGCUCGAUCCGGACCAGAUUCACAUGCCGAGCGUGUUUGUGCAUCGCAUCAUCCGUGGGCCAUCGUACGAGAAACGCAUCGAACGGUUGCGCGUACGGGACGCCAAAAAGUCCGCUUCGGUCGUUUCGUCGACGCCGGCCGCGAAAAUGCGGGAGCGGAUCGUGAAGCGCGUCGCGAUGGAGUACCGUGACGGUAUGCACAUCAACCUGGGCAUCGGAAUCCCGGUGUUGUCGUCCAACUUCAUCCCCCAGGGAAUGACGGUGCUGCUGCAGUCGGAAAAUGGAAUCCUCGGUCUCGGUCCGUUCCCGGAGAAGCACGAGGUCGAUCCGGAUCUAAUUAAUGCGGGCAAGGAAACGGUCACCGUACUGCCGGGUGCUUCGUACUUCUCAUCCGACGACAGCUUUGCCAUGAUCCGCGGUGGACACAUCGAUAUUACUGUCCUCGGUGCGAUGGAAGUGUCACAGUACGGCGACCUAGCCAACUGGAUGAUUCCGGGCAAGCUGGUCAAGGGUAUGGGUGGUGCAAUGGAUCUGGUGGCAGCCCCUGGCACGAAGGUAAUCGUUACGAUGGAACACAACGCCAAGGAUGGUUCCCACAAAAUCUUAGCCAACUGUAACCUCCCAGUGACCGGUAAGAACUGCGUCGAUAUGAUCGUCACUGAGAAGGCCGUGUUUAGCGUGGAUAAGGAGCGAGGCCUCACGCUGGUCGAGCUGGCCGAGGACUGCACGGUGGAGGAGGUGAUCACUAGCACCGGGUGCGAGUUUUCCGUUUCGCCCGAUCUGAAGAAAAUGGCACAGGUUGACGAUGCGUGAUGACCACCGAGACCAGCAGAGAGAGCAGAACGGGCAGAAGAGGCCGUUUCACCCUUAGCGGAGUGGCAUUUAUUUGGCGAGAUCCGUGUGCCAUCGGUGUGGAUGUCGGCAGCAAGAAACUCCCUCCCGGUUGUUCCCGUUUUGAUUUUAUGUUUGUUUUUUUUUCUAUUCUGAUCGCUUGUGAAUUUAACGGUUUAAGAAACGUCGGGCAAUUUUGAUCGUUCGUUUGCUAGGUUUAUGUCGUACGUGACGCUAAACGUAUCGAAGUCAAUAAAAAGGAAAAAAGGUCUCGUGGAUGCGGACGAGAAUAUGCACAAA